AUGGGGGAGCACCUGCGUGUUUGUCCUCAGGGCUACACCUGUUGUACGCCUGACAUGGAGGAGAAGCUGGGGCAGCAGAGCAAGCUGGAGUAUGAGAACCUGGUGGAGGAGACCAGUCGCACGCUCAGGACCACCUUGGUGUCCAGACAUCAACAGUUUGACGAGUUCUUCCUGGAGCUCCUAGACAACAGUGAGAAAUCCCUGAAUGGCAUGUUCACGCGGACCUACGGGAAGCUGUACAUGCAGAACAGGGAACUGUUCCAGGACCUGUUCACGGAGCUGAAGCGUUACUACACCGGUGGGAACGUCAACCUGGAGGAGACGCUGGACGACUUCUGGUCCCGUCUGCUGGAGAGGAUGUUCCAGCUGAUCAACUCUCAGUACCACUUCACUGACGACUACCUGGAGUGCAUCAGUAAAUACAUUGACCAGCUGAAGCCUUUCGGUGACGGACCCAGGAAACUAAAGGCCCAGGUCACGAGGGCCUUCAUCGCUGCAAGGACCUUCGUCCAGGGCCUCAUGGUGGGACGGGAGGUGGCUAACAGGGUGGCUAAGCUCAGUUGGUAG